CUCAGACAUCUUGCCAUAAGGUCCUUUCUUACAAGUAUUUGGUCGUGUCUCCACGCUUAGCGACGUUGGACAGUCUUCGGGGCUCUGUCACGGUAGCAUAGAAGGGGGCGGCUAGUGAUGACUACAAUGAUGAUGACUGUGAUGACUACGGUGAUGGUGAUGAUGCCUGCCCUGACAAGCGUGAUGCUGGGAAUAAUUCGACUACCGGAAGUCUCAGCAACAGAAACGCAAAUACCGAACGGAUUCUGGAAUGACGAGGAAAAGGAAGACCCUUGUUCGCAUAAAGCAGGAACGGAUUGGGAAGGAAGAGAAUCGGAAAUGACAGCGGAAACCUCCUCGGCGAAGAGAGUGGAAAAGCGACACGUGGCGAAGGCGCAGAAACCAGAGGAGAAGGCGCCAGUUUGCCCGAAGAGUUUGCCCGUGCUGCCUCAUGCUCGACUGAUCUGCAACAAAACCGCACCCCACACAGCCAUAAUGAUCUGCGCUCCUGGAUAUACACUGCAUGACGUCAUCAGUGCCACUUUCCGCCGUGCCAUAGCGUCGGAAUUCGCUUACCAGAACCGGAAAUGGCUCCCUGUGGAUGGGGUGCCAAAGAAGUGCCUACCCGAGUGCCUGCCCGAGUGCACGGAGGAUAGGCGAUGUGUGGCACCGAAUGUGUGUGUGACUGUGAGAGGAGAGUGCAUGACACGGUCCUUGUCCUGUGCAGGUUGACGUGCAGGUGGAAAAUGCGUUGAAGAUUGUGCCGGGAUCCGUCGGUGGCGCUUUGGGCAUAUGCCAGCCAGGCUACGAAACGAAGCCAGGGCUGUCCGAAUUCCUCGUGCCUUGUGUGGAUGGCAAGUGGAUACAUCCGAAGGGAGAGGAUGGGUCCCCUCUUAAGUGCAACCCUACGUGCUUCCCGCCGUGCCUUAAUGGGGGUACGUGCACAGCUCCUGGAAAGUGUACAUGUGUAGAAGGUACGAUUGGAUGCCGCUGUCAGCACUUCGAAGUGGGCGAUGUGGAGUGUGGAGCGCCCGAGGCGUCUGAAGGGGCAGAGCUGAUCAAGUGGAGCAAUGAUAUGUACGGCCUAAGAUGUACCGGCAACCAGGUGUUCCCGGGACGUUCCGUAGGAGCCACAGCCAUCCUCGUCUGUUCAAACGGUGCCUGGGUAUCUCCUGAAGAAGGUCUCGACUCCUCGACCUUAGACUGCGGACCCUUCUGCGAAAGGCCGUGCAGCAACGGCGGGACAUGCGUAGGAACCGACGAGUGCCAGUGCCAGCCGGGGUUCGGGGGUCGCUUCUGCCACAUCAAGGAGUGUCCGAAAUCCUAUCCUGCGGUCGAACACGCUAUCUAUACGGAUGUCGGGAAAGACCCCGAUUCCGAAGAAUUCAUGAUUUAUAUCGAAUGCGAAGAGAACUGGUCCUUGCCUAGCGGACACCUUGGCAAAGCGACCCUGCACUGCUCCAACGGCCAGUGGGUGGUUCUGACGGAGACCCAGGAGGACAACGAGAACCUCCGCUGCAUCCAGGUGCCGUGUGACCUCGAGUGCCAGAACGGGGGCCGUUGCCUGGGCGAGAAGUGCCAGUGUCCGGAGGGGGUCGAGGGAGAGAGCUGCCAAAUCCGCCUGUGCUCUCAACCUCUACCGAAUCUUGAGAGUGCUUGGCUGGAUCAGAGCCGCUUCCCCCAGCUCUUCUACAAGUGCCUGCAGAGCCACGCCUUCCCCUCGGGGCUGACGGAGGUUCAGGUUCGGUGUGUCCUCGGCUCCUGGACCUUCGACGAUCACGGGACCGAAGUCGCAGAGAAGGAAAUCGAGAGCUGCGUCCCCGCGUGUUCGAAGGGCUGCCUCAAUGGCGGCACGUGCUGGGCUCCGGAUAGGUGCAAGUGUCUCAGAGGCUUCACGGGGCAGCAGUGCGAGAUCGUGGUCAAUGCUGAGCACAACUGCUAUUAUCCGCUGCCUCGAGUGCUUUUUGCUGAGGUGGUUUCGAGCGACACCCAACCCAGGAUACAGUGCUACGAAGGGUACAAACUACCUUCUGGGAGAACUCAAGCAAAUUUCAGUUGCAACAUCCACCAAUGGAUUCUUGAGGGAGAAACAGAACCCAAGGACACUCUGACUUCUCAGUCAUGCUUUCCGGAUUGCAAAGGCACGUGCAAGGGCAAGGAGCGUUGUGUUGCCCCGAUGACAUGUGGAUGUCGAUUCGAUGAAGAGGGGGUUGGUUGCAAGCAGAUUGAGGGGUUCCAGUGUCAGGAGGAGACGCUGCCUGUUAUUGCAAAUGCGAUUGUGUGGUGCUACGACGCCACCGUCCAUUGCCUCAAGGGUUACAAGAUGGCAUCCGGCAAAGGCACUCGCGCAAAACUCGAGUGCCACCGAGGGAAAUGGAGCCACGCUGCCUUGGGGGAGGGCUGUGUGCCUCAUUGCUCCGCCCAGUGCCAGAAUGGGGGCGUCUGCAAGGCCCCGGAGUUCUGCGAGUGCCAGGAUGGGUUCUAUGGAUCAGAGUGCCAGCUGGUGAACUGCAAGGGAGUGCCACCCGCCCUGCAGAACUCCGAUGUGUGCCACGAAGAGGAAGGCAAAACACUGAAAUGCGCCUCCGGCUACGCCCUCGAGGGAGGCCAAGACAGGGUGGCCCUCGUCUGCGUCGAGAGGAGGUGGUCUCUUCCCGAGGAGCUCCGCGAGGUGGCCUUGCUCCCCCGUGUGCCUCCCGCCGUGCGCGAACGGGGGUACGUGCGUGGCCCCUAAUGUCUGCCAGUGCCAAGUAGGCUUAUGUGGCACUCGCUGUGAAGGCAUCAGCUGCGAUGCCAUUCCUCAA